AUGGCUGCAUCACGAAGAGUUUCUUCACUACUCAUUCGACGAGUCGCUACUUCACCAGCGCACUCAUUACUGUCGAUACCCCGCCAAAUCCCCCGACUACGCUCCUCGCUCCCUACUGCUGCCGCUUCACGACUUCCAGCGCUACGCUCAUUCCACGUCUCCUCAUUACGCUUUAACGAUGCGCUCCACUUCGAGCGUGAGUCUGACGAAGUUGAUGUCUGCAUUGUCGGUGGUGGCCCUGCCGGCCUCUCAGCUGCAAUUCGUUUGAAACAACAAGCCAAUGCCGCUGGCAACGAAGAUUUCCGUGUUCUUCUGCUUGAAAAAGCUGGUGACAUGGGAGCGCACAUUCUCUCUGGCGCCGUGAUUGAACCCAGCGCCCUCAAUGAGCUCCUCCCGGACUGGAAUAGCCCGGACAACGAGAACAGAUUCAAGAACGUCACGGCGGUUACGUCGGAUCGCAUGCGCUUUCUUACCAAGAACAAGGCUAUACCCAUGCCUGGGCCUCCGCAGAUGAACAACCACGGCAACUACAUCGUUUCUCUCAAUGAAUUGACAAAGUGGCUGGCUGAACGUGCUGAGGAAAUUGGUGUGGAAGUGUACCCUGGGUUUGCGGCGAGCGAGGUCCUGUACGCCCCCGAUGGGAGUGUGAAGGGUGUGGCGACCAACGACCUCGGUAUCGGGCGUGAUGGGAAGCCGAAGCCGAGCUUUGAGCGGGGUAUGGAGUUCCAUGCAAGGUGUACAUUGUUUGCAGAGGGGUGCCACGGGAGCUUAACAAAGAAGGUUAUUAAGAAGUUUGACCUGAGGAAGAACUCUCAACCGCAGACAUACGGUAUUGGAUUGAAGGAGGUGUGGGAGGUUAAGCCCGAGAACUUUGUUAAGGGCCAAGUCAGCCAUACCUUGGGGUGGCCACUUCCGACAAACACAUAUGGUGGCAGCUGGAUGUACCAUUUUGGGGAGAACAAGGUGUCGCUUGGCCUCGUCGUCGGUCUUGAUUACCCUAACCCAUACCUAUCACCAUAUGGCGAAUUCCAACGUAUGAAGCACCACCCAUUCUUCGCUUCUGUCCUUGAAGGUGGCCGCUGUAUCUCAUAUGGUGCCCGGGCUCUCAACGAGGGUGGGUUUCAAUCCAUUCCCCAGGUUACCUUUCCCGGUGGAGCUCUCAUCGGUGACACCGCCGGGUUCCUUAACGUCCCUAAGAUCAAGGGAACCCACACUGCCAUGAAGUCCGGAAUGUUGGCUGCAGAGGCCUGCUUUGAUGCAUUGGAAACCAACAAGACUGGCGGAACAGUCAUGCUAUACAACUACGAAGACGCAUUGCGCAAGAGCAGUAUCUGGAAGGAGCUCAAGCAGGUUCGCAAUAUGCGACCCAGUUUCCACUCCCCUCUGAAAAUCUUCGGCGGGAUUUUGUACUCUGGUCUUGAAGCCUAUGUCCUGAAGGGUCGCGUUCCAUGGACUCUCAAGCACCCGGGCCCCGACUACGCCGCCACCAAGACCGCAGACAAGUCAACUCCCAUCACAUACCCCAAGCCUGAUGGAGUGUUAUCGUUUGAUAUCCUCACUUCUGUCUCGCGGACUGGCACGAACCAUGAAGAGGAUCAGCCAGUGCAUCUGCAGGUUGCGGACUGGGACAAGCAUGCGGAAAAGGAAUGGCCGCUAUUCAAGGGCGUAGAGAACAGGUUUUGCCCGGCUGGGGUGUAUGAAUAUGUAGAAGAUGCGACGAAGAAGGAUGGCGUGAGAUUCCAGAUCAACGCGCAGAACUGUAUCCACUGCAAAACGUGUGAUAUUAAAGCACCAAGCCAGGAUAUCAACUGGACGACGCCCCAGGGAGGAGAAGGACCGAAGUAUUAUAUGACUUGA